CGUAGCAAAGCCGUAAUGGCGGAGAACGUGCGGUCGCCUUUCGACUACCGAGAGCCCCCGACCCUCGACAGCGAUGGAGACGGCAGCAAGCCUGCGACAUCCCGCGGGCGUGUAUGUGGGAGAAAAAGGAAGGGUACUCCAGUGAAAGUAUGUGACCGAGCCUAUGUGACGGAAGAUGAAGAGGAAAGUCUGUCUGAGCACAGCUACAGCCCAGGUGAUGGGCAGUAUCCAGACGGAGUGGAGGACCGGCUCCCGCCACCUGGCAGCCCCUACUACCUCACUGACCCCACUCAGCUUUGUGUAUCGGAGCUCGGUGAGGAGGGCGCCAGCGGGGUCCGCGGCCCUGUGCUCUUCCAUCCCCCGCCCAACUGCAGGAUCAGAGAGGUGCACUGUGGGAGCCAGGUGCGGCUGGUCGUCAUAGCGAUUAGAGACAUUGCCAAAGGAGAGGAAAUAACAGUUGACUACAGCCUGACCGACUGGGGAGAAAACGCCAUGGGUUUCCAUCGAUCCGUAUCGCCACGUGGCUUUGAAUGCGGCUUCAAUCCAGACAACAAUAUCAAGAAGGAGGAGGAGGCAGGCCCCCUCCCUCUCUCUCUCACCGUUUCAGACUACCUCACUCCCUCAUGGUCCCUCUCCCCCUCCUCCUCUCCGCUCUCACACUCCGAGCCCAGCGACUCAGACCGCGAGGAAGACGAAGAGGAGGAAGAUGACGAUGACGACGAGGACGAAGAAGAGCUGGAGGAACUGAGGGGCCGAAUGAUGCGUCGACGAAAGAAGCGAAAAACGGCACCCAGCUCCAAGAAAAAGACCCAGAGGGCUCAACCCCGCCCACUUUCCUUCGCUCACCCUGCCCCUUCCUCCUCGUCCCCCUUCCAGGCGCCUCUGGCUCCUCCCACCACAAACAUAAACAACAACAUAAACAUAAACAUCGGUCGUGGUGCCAGUAGCACGGUCAGCAGGCGACAGCACUGUCCGUACUGUGGACGGAAUUUCCGCUCUUUGGCCAGACAUUUGGAAAAACAUCACGACCAGCAGCCGGAAAUCCGGGCCGCUAUGGAACUUGCGCACCUCCACACUCAUUCCUCGCACACAGCAUCCAACACACACUCCACAGGCUCCAGCUCACACUCAUUCUCCUCACCCCUGCAGCCCUCUUCCUCCUCUUCCUCCUCCGCUGCUGCCGGUCCGUCGCUAUUUUCUCGCAGCGAACGGGACUCGCAGUCAACGUCCAAUUCCGGAGCCAUGUCCUUUUCCCUUUCCCUUUCUCCACCUCCAGCGUCUGCAGCCUCAAAUGCCUCCAAAAAAAACCCUGCCUCCCUCUCCACCCCUCCUAGGAAGACUGCAACGCCCGUUACAGCAGCAGCGGUCAAAACCUCCCCCGUAACGCCCAGCGUCACCCCUCCGUCCAGGAGGGGGCGCCGGCCCAAAAAAGAGAAGGAAGAGCAGCAAAGGAAACAGGAGGAGAUGGAAAGGGCGAAGGAGGAGCCUCCGCCCACUCCAGGACGAGACGAGGAGGAAGACGUGGAAGAAGAGGAGGAGGAAGAUGAUGAUGAGGAGCUGGAGAUGAACGAAUCGAGAGAAAAUGACAGUGGAGAAGAGAAGAAUGGCGAUUUGGAAAGUUCUCACCGCUCUCACAUGCCCCCCCUCCUCUCCUCUCUGUCCACGCUGGUUCUGUACCUGCGGCGGCAGCAGCACUCUUCCUUCCUCUCCCUUUCUCGCUCCAGCAGCUCAGCUGAGGCGUGGCGGCUGCUGUGCCACUCCAGCCUGGCGCUGUUGAUACUCUACAACCGGCACCGUGAGUGUGAAGUGGCCAAACUGACCGUGCACGACUACCGCAACCGUGUUACACCUUCAUCUUCCUCAUCCUCCGGCACUGGAGUCCCUGCUAAUCCCCCCAUUUCUCCUUUAGAGGCCUCCCUUUCCCCUUUCGAGCGCCACGUGCUGUGUCAUCGCCCCCGUGUGGGGCGUUUUAGGAAAGCGCGGGCGCAUCCAGCCGCUAAUUCUCCCGCCACAUUCCGAAGCCUGCCUGGACUUGCUCCUGAAAACUUCGUCUGA